AUGGAGGGGGGGGAGAGUCAGUCGGCCCCCAUGGGCCGUGCGAGUGGGCCGCAGGAACUUCGGGAAACGCAGGAAGCGAUUGCAUCAACUGCUGCGAUAGCGCCAGGUGCUGCGGUUUCCACGCAGAGUGCUCAGGCGCUCACCGCGCAGCACCAGCAAAUCGUAGACGCGCUCUACGACACGUGGUCUAAUGAUCAGGAGCGCAGAAAGGAGUCUGAGCGAAUCCUGAGCCAGUAUGAAAAGGAAGAGCAGUUCAUUUUAUACCUCCUAGACAUAUGCUGCCUCACAGAGGUGCACAACAACGUGCGGAAGUUGGCCAUCAUCUACUCCAAAAAUUUGGUGAGUCGCUUCUGGAACUGUAAGGACCUCUUCCAUUUUAGUAACGAUAUAAAGAAAAUGGUGAAGGAGAAAAUUUUGACCAUUUUGGCCAACCGGGGCAUCGUCAGCUACUACUACAAGGAGUUUUCCAUCCUGUUGAGGAAGGUGGCGAGGUACGAGUUGGUACAUAAUUUCCCCCAGCUGCUGGAGUUCUUCGUUGAAGAGUUGAGUACACGUGGGGACAACCCGAACAGCUUCUCUAGCCGCUACACCAUGGACAGCCUCAGCAGCCUGUACACGUACAUGUACCUCCUGUACAAGGUUCUCCGGGAGCAGUACAGCAAGAAGUUACUAAAAGACAAGAAGGAAACCUUCCACAUCUCACAAACGUUUAUCGACUGCCUUUACCCAAUAUGGGAAAACAGUUUGAAUAUGUACUUUCAGUGUAAUAUGAACGAGGCAUGUAUGUGUGGCAGUGAAGGUACAUGCAACAAAUGCUUUGGGGAGUACAGCGUUGUGAUGGAGCUUGAAGCAAAGCUGAAGUUUGCGCCAGGUGUGAGUUUAGCGGAAUGGGUACCCGUCGAGGGGAGAAGGAACAGCAACAGUGUUGACGGAGGCGAGUCUAGCGAUGUGCAUUACGCGGGGGAACCGUCUGCGGGGGGAAGCGAUGCCUACUGCUCCCACUUUAACGCGGAGAGCGACAAAAAGGUGAAGAUCCUCAAGUUCAUGGACAGCAUUUUGCUGAACCUAAUUAUCAGUCGGGAUGACGUUCAGAGGGAACGUGGGCAAAUGUGCCCGGGGGGAGACAGUUGUCUACGUGAUGGUCUCUCCCAGCAGGAUGGGAUGCCGCAACAGGAUAACCACUCCCAACAAGAUGGUGAGUGCGCCUUGAGGAAGAAGCCUUUUUUGGACUGCCUCGCCAACAAAACUAUAUUCUACCUCAAAUUCGUGCGGAAGGAUUCCCCGCUGUACUACCUCAAGUACUUGAAGUUCCUACUGAGUAGCUUCCUUCACGUCAUUGAAUUUCAGAGUGCCCUUCAUGAGUAUAUAAAAAAAGACACCACGGAGCAGUUCAUCUGCCUGUUCCUAAAGAAGCAUCUGAGUAAAGAUCUGUACAUAAACAGUGACUGCUAUGAAAAUAAAUUUGUGGAUAUCAUUAACAUAUGCAUUGGGAUCCUGAAGAGUCUCUUCUACCAUUUCUGCCUCAGUCAGUAUAACCUGAUCAAGCAAAAGAAGGUCCGAGAAAAUUACCUAACGGUAAAAAGUAUGAUUAGCAAUCAGAAUACCUUUUGUGAAAACUACACUGAAAAAACAGACCUACAGACAAAAAUUAUUAACACCCUAGUGGUGAAUAUUAACAAUUUGGAAAGUGAAAACAAAAAAGGGAGAGUAAAUAAAAAUUAUACCUUUAGAGACAUAUUGACCUAUAUAAGGGAAGAGGUCAAAUACGCACUUACUAGCGAUGAUUAUAUUUUAAUGCACAAUCAGAAGGCUUUGGAGAUAUUCGAGUUCUUGAGGACACAUUGUAUUAACAUGUCCGCUGAGCAAAUAAUGGACAUCAUGCUAAAUGUUAAAGACAAGGAUGGACACGAAGUGGAAGAAAAUAUUUUCUACUCAUCUGCAAGAGAAUGCAUUAUUGAAAUAGCAUCAGAGCCUUUUCUCUUUUCAAUCUUCAGUCACUUCUUCGAACCCUUAAUUAAUUCCCUACAUAAUUAUGUUCACAUGAUUAAAUCUGUACCGGACAAUUUGAAGGACUUACAAAUUCCAGAAUUUUCUGAAUCAGUUAUUGAGCUGGAUGGGUAUUUAAAUAUUUACUAUGUGUUGUAUUCAUCACUACAUAAAAAAAUAAAAGCAGAGCAUAUCCUUUGCAUGAUUCAGUUUUUCACCGACUACCUAUCUGUUGAAUUCACCCAUCCCUUGGUCAGUUACCGAAUUGCGUUAAUAUUAAAAGUGUGGAUUAAGAAUUACAAGGCUUCCUUUCCCUUCGUUGAUGAAGUGACUGUGCUCAUAUUUGAGAAUAUCCGCUUGCUUUGCAUGCAUUUGUCUCCCAAGUGUGUUGUGGGUUCUCUGCUUCGCACCCGGUCCACAUCAGGUGGCUUAGGCCAAAGGCGGGAAGCUCCUCCCCCGAAAAAUCACUACGCCUCCAUGUCGACCAAUUUCCUCCCCCUCGUCUUCUUCAAAUUUGUUUGUUUGUUCAACUACAUAUUUAUGUAUGAGUAUGUGUACGAGAACUACGACUUUAUUAACGAGAUUCUGGUGGGCCCCCUCAUAAGUUUGCUUACCCAGAUCUCCUACCCAAAGAGUAUCCAGAAGAUCCUGCAGAUCCUCAGCCACAUCGUCUUUAUCAGCAAUAAAGAAAAGGACAUAACAAUUUUCAAGGACAACUACAACUUCCUGCUGGACCUUUACAAAACCAGCAACUUCUCCAUCAAGGAGUACAUGCUCAACAUCCUCGUGCAGAUAUUGAACAAGAAUUACGAAUUUGGAUGCGGCCUCGUGGAGUUCACCCCUCAAGGAGGGCGAGGACGCCACGAAGUAACUACCGACUCUGCUCCAUUAAACACCCGAGGUGAUGACAACCACGGCCAUGGUUAUUACCUCCCCCACGGGGGUGUGCCCAACAAAGGGGGCGACGAUUAUGUACUCUUCUACUUCAGCUUUGACAUAAUAGCAUAUACCAUACUUGGGAGGAAAACCUCUGAGCAGGUUUCACACCCAGGUGAAGGUAGACAGUACCGGCUAGACCUCCGCGCCCUGCCCUCGUGCGAAGGAGACAACUACCACCCCCCUCACCAGCUAGCCAACGAAAUAAAUUUGUAUGUAGACCAAACCGUUAGCGACAGUUUCUACACACUGUGGUUGUGUAUUCUGAAGAUCAUCACUAAAUUAUUUUCCGCAAAAAAUGAGGACAUAAUCAAGAGGGUGUGUUCCUUGUAUGUACGGACAACCCACGUGAUAAGCGAGCACUUUAAGAGGAAGGUCUCAAGCGCGAAUACGCACGAAAUGAGUAGCUCAUGCUUUGAUGUGCUUAUGGAAUACAUGUGUCUCUUCAUCCUUCACGAGACGCACAAUUUUUACUUGACGUACGAAUCAAUCUCAAACAACGUGCUGACUAACGAAAUCUUGAAACCCCAAUUGCUAGCAAUUGUUACAAAUAACUUUACCCUGGAUGAUGAAGGGAACACGGAGAGAUGCAUUUACCUUUUGCACGUAUGCAUGGGUUUGUAUAAAAACAGACUGAAGGAUGACAUGCCCAUUCUUUACCACUAUGUGGCAAAUUUUGUGAUCAUAUACUUAGUGAAGGUGGUGUUGAAGUACAUGGGAAAAUUCUUCCCUGUGUAUACGUGCCUUGAGGGGUCGCCCAGGGGGGGUAGGAGCAGCGAGAGGGGAAGCGAAAGGGAAAGUGAAAAGGCUAGCACAGGGCAUCUGCACGGAGAGAGGGGUGGAGAUAGACCCGCAGAGAUGCUCUCCCAAGCAGAGGGACAACAACCGAAGACGGACAAGGAAGACGCAAACCACCACAAGCUCAUGUCACACAAUGAAAGGCAAACGAAGUACAUAUACGACAAUGUGUUGUCGUAUAAGCGUGAAGAAAAUUUCGAUACCCACUUUGGCUUAUUUCAAAAUGAUCUGAAGCAGCUACUAGGAAUGGAAUACCUAAAGGACUACGACCUCGGAGCGGCCUUCAAAAAUUAUAACUUCUACACAGUCAACGAGGAUAAUUACACCUACGUGAACAAACACACGGUGCUUAUACUGACAGCUAUUUUGUCACUGGACGAGUCUAAUCUACUCCAUUAUAUUUUAAUUUGUUUCCUAGUGUACUUUAGAAUCAAUGUACCAAUGUUCCUCUCCUCCAUCUUUUAUCAAGCCCAGUACAUACACAACAAGAACGUCAUGAUGGCACUCCUUCUGUUCAUUUAUAUGCUCACGGAAAAUUAUCUGUUUCGUGAGUUUGUACCCUCCCUUGUUAGAUCUCACAUGCGAACCACCUGCAGUAGUAGCAGCCCUUACCUGGAUGAACUCCUCUACGACAAGAAAAAAUCCUCUGACAUGUUCACCUGCACAAGGGAGGACUAUACAUAUCUCAUCAUACAGCUGCUUAAGCUGAUUAAUACGAUGCUAAACACGAGCAGGGACAUCUACAUUGAGAAGAAGAACAUUCUCCACCUGAACACCGUUUCGUCCAACUUGAGCGCAACGAAAAUGUACCACUCUGCUGGAUACAACUGCGUCAUGCGCAGAGUACUCAAGUACGAUGACCUCCCAGGCGUGUGCAACAAAGCCCUCGAUAACGUCCUGACCUUUCUACGGGACGUGAAAGACCCGAACGAUCAGAACGCGACAAGCUCCAUUGUUAACUACUUGCGGGAAAAUGUAGAGGGCAUGAACGUCGCCCUCGUCGACAUGUACAAGAAGUACUUGGGUUAUCAAUAG